AAUGAGAAAAGCAUAUUCUCUCUCUUCUUCUUAAUCUUCAACAAUUCCAGAGAGAGAAAUCGAGACGAAGAAGAAGAAAGAAAGAAAAAUCGUUGAUCUCUUAACGAAAUCAAAUGUGUCCGCUCAGAUUCAUUCUCAUCUUCCUCUCAGCCGUCCUCGCAGGUUUCUUCGUUCUCAAGAACAUCAAUUCUCAAUCCGAUAUUUCCGACGAUCAAUCCGACGACACUUCCCUCAAUCUCCCUGCCGAUUCCCCUCCCAAUCGAUCCUCCAAGGUUUGGGGAGCAAUGUCUACGGGAUUCUGGACUUUUGUUGAUAUGGCUAGCGGCCGAUACCUUUGGAGGAACUUGACUUCUUCUUCAUCGCGUUCUGAUUAACGCAUUUGGAUUAAAUUCUUCAUCUUUAUCUUAUAAUGGUAUAGUUCUACACGUUUUGUUCAUCAUAUAAGGGUUUGAUUCGUUCUUCUUUUAGGUUUUAAUUUGAAACCCUAAUUAUGUUGCUGUGUGUAAACUGUAAAAAAGUUGUUGUAGUAUUGUCUGUUGUUCGUUUCAGGUAAUCAAAAAUGUUAUUUU